AUGGACAAUGUGGUUAUGAUCACGGCUGGCGAGUUGAUAGACGCUAGCAUCGGGGUUCGCUUUGGUCUGAGUACCAUCACAGCCGCGGGGCUGGGACAAUGUGUGAGCGAUGUGUCUGGGGUGGCCUUUGGGGGUGUUGUAGACUACUUGUGUGGCAAGUUAAAUCUACCCAAAGCUAACCUGACCCCGAAUCAACGAAGACUGACGAAUGUGAGAUAUGCUGGCGUCUUCGGAUCGGCCGUGGGAGUGCUGAUGGGCUGUUUGUUGGGGAUGAGUUGUUUGCUGUUCUUGGAUACCGACAAGGCCGAGAAAAUGAAGAAGGCGAAGGAAUUGCGGCUCAUUUUCAUAUCUGUCAUGAGCGAGGGCCAUAAGCUGUUGGCAUGUGAACGCAGCACGCUCUUUCUGUACGAUGCUAAACACAAGGAGCUCUACAGUCAAUUUGCAGUCAAGCAAAAGCCAUUUCGCGUCCCUGCAUCGGCUACGAUAGCAGGCCAUGCCAUUGAGCAGAAGGCGUUGAUUAACAUUGAUGAUGCAUAUGAGCACCCGCGCUUCUACUCUGAAAUGGAUAAGCAAACCGGCUUCCGGACGCAAAGCAUCUUAUCAGCGCCGAUAUACGAUAUGGACGGUGAACCAGUAGGAGUUAUCCAGAUGGUCAACAAACUG